GUGUGAGGGGGCGUGACGUCAUGUGCUCGGAGGCGCGGCCCAACCACUCCCGACCCAAAAUAGAAUUAGUGCGAGUGUCGAGCUCCGAGCGGGCCAAGAUCCCAGUCAACCCCGUGCAGCUCAACCUUACCUACUGCCACGUGAGGAGCGCUACCUACACCCGGCCGGCCAACAAGUCCCUCACCCCCCCUGAAGCUGCCGCCCCCCGCUACCCCCUCCACACUGCCCACCGCCGCCCGCGCUGGUCGUGGGCGCCAUGGCGCACCAACUCUCAAACAGGUCCGCCAGUCUCCACCAAGUCGUGUGAUGACCUGCACCGCGUCAGCCCUCCUGUGGAGACUACCACCAGUAGGUCUGAGGGGUGCCUCCUCACGCUGCUGCUCACCCCGUCCCUCCUGCUCACGCCCCGCACAAGCACUCUUCCUCAUUCCGGUUCCAAAUACCGGUUGUGGCGCGGGUUUAGCCGUAGUGCCAGGGACGUUAGUGUGGGGCCUCUGUCCGGUCCUCCCAGACCCGCCGUCAGUGUGGCUGUCAUGGAGAAGUUAACGCCUCGGGCAGCCCGGCCUGUGCGUCACAAGGCCAGCACGCUGCCAUACUCUCCUGCAUCAGGGCCACAACCCAUGGGCCGAAGGCACCGUGGCCUGAUGGCACUUCUGCGACGACUCAGCCCCAGAUUGAAGCGGACGCCUUCACCAGACCGUCCCUGGGUGAAGGUUGAGCCACGACCAGCGGAUCGCUUGUCAGUUGCCUCGGAUCACAGCUUCGAGACGGCUUUACAGAUGCGUUAUCCAGACCUGGUGACGUAUGGUGGAGGACCGGUCCAGAAUAACAACACGCACAGUUCCUCUGACGCGGGACUGAACAAGAGCGAAGGGGGCCGUUGUAGUCGUGGAGUGUUAACAGGUCUCCUCAGCUCCCUGCGGCCGUCCAGGCCCGGACGACAGGACAAGAGCAGCUAUAACAGCGUGGCCAGUGACAAGCAUCGUGAGAGAGACACGGUGACCAUCACGCGGGAGAGCGACCAUCAGCUGCAGGAGCGCUACUACAGGGACUCUGGCGGCGACGGUGAGGGACAACACAACGGUGGGACGAGACCUUCCCACCUGCCACUCUCCUCUCAGAAGCUGUAGAUGGUUCUCGGAGAAGCCUACGUAGUGUCAGUUUAGAAAACAACUUUUCUGAGAUAACCAGUACAGGAGGAACCAUAGUAACCACUCCACUAAGACCUAUUCUCAAACCUCAGCCCUUCACUGACCCGGGCUCCUUAAGGGAUAGUGGUGGAACAGCCGAUGUUACAUACAAGACCCCCUCUUACUUAGGUAUAUCUUGUGCAGUUAAUGGUUACAGUCGACUUAACAGGUAUGAUUCCUCUCUCCGUGAUGGUUUUCGCUCAAGAGAUGCUAGCCCAGCACGUUUAGCAUUUAGCAGAAGUAGAGAUUCUAGUCCUAUGCGGCCAGAGUGGAAAGUAUUUGAUCUUCAUACAAAGGCUUCACCACAAGCAACUGCUGCCAAGAUCAAGGAGCUGAAGGAAGAAUUAGCACGUUUUAAGGCAGAGUUUCCUCAACCCCCGGGAGAACGUGGCCGUCAAAACUCGUUAAGAAAACUCGGAAGAAGACCUUCACAGGGUCGCAGUAUCAGUGUAGACAGAGGAUAUCUAGUGAAAUCGGGACCUCGGGAGAAAAUGAAUGGCCAUGAAAAUGACAAGGCCACAAAUGGUGGCAAACAUGUCCACCUAGUUGAAAUUAGCAUGACUGAUUCAAGUACAUUGAAGUCUUCUAGCUAUCAAUAUUCAUUUGAACAAAGUGUUGUUAGAGGCGGCAUUAGUGAAACAAGUGAUAGUAUACACUACACUGCUCACACAAAUGGUGACAUUCCAGAAUCUAAGUCAUUUAUUCAAUCUAGGAUUGAGCGGCUGUAUGGACCUAGUGCACUUGGGGCAGGAUUUCGAAGUCGCCGAUCUCUGUUGGAGCUAGAAAAAGAACAGAAAGACAGAGAAUCAGGAGGGUAUAGGAGUCCUUUAUUAGCUUCUCACAUAGACAAUCAUUUUGAACCAGAUCAAAAAGCCCCAGAAGGGUUUCCAAGUGUAUUUAGACACUUACGGCCCGAAUUUAGAACACAGCUGCAAGUGAAGCGUAGCGGUAGGUUGAAAACGGUUAUUCCCUUGGAAUUACCAUCUUUGAGUGCUGCUAAUAAUGUAGAUUCACCUAAGAGACCUGGAAGAGUUAUACCAAUCAUAUUAACAGAUGCAUUAGAUAAAACUAUUCAAAAACCCCCAGUUCCUCAACCAAAACCCGAGAUAAUCAUUACCAGUGAAACAAAUAGAGGAAACAAAGUUGUUAAUAGGGACAACAAACCAGUUGUAGUUCAGAAGAUUGUUAAUGGAAAUAUAAAAGAAAGUAAAGUGGCAUUGGACACAGAAUCAUAUGUUAAUGGAAGUACAAUAGAGAACACAAAUAGUGUUACUGAAGAACAAGAAUUGGCUAAGAGAACAAAUAUUGUUAAUGGUGUUUCAGACUCUAUACAAGUAAAUGGAAUUUUCAAUGACACUUUGGAAGGAAAAGAUGGUCAUUAUUACUUGAAGGUGGUAGAAAAAGUAGUAAAUAAUAUUGAAGCAACGGUUGCUGAAAUUGAAUCUGAACUUAAAUUACGAGAGCCAGAAAUGAGCGAAGAGGUGCGUGGAAAGGUGUUUGCAGCUAUAGGAAAGGCGCGUCUUCUUGUAUCGCAGAAAAUUCAGCAAUUUCAAGGCCUCUGUCAUAAGAACAUUGCUGGAACUAUAGGCGAGGAAUUUCCUACAACUUGCGAAGAUCUUGCUGGCUUUUGGGAUAUGGUGUCCAUCCAAGUUGAAGACAUUAAAAAUUCUUUACAAGAAAUCAUGGUGCUUCGUGCUAAUGGAUGGAAAGAGAUAACUCAAGAUAUAACCGAUGGAGUUGAUAAAAAUGUGACGACUGGUCAUGCGCGUCGGAAACCUGCACCAAGGCCAUCCAGACCGGCCAAGUCUACAAGAGCUAGUGCUGAGAAAACAGAGGAAGGGAAGACGAGGGACGAAGCCAGGAAAAAAAUGCUGGAGGAGAGACGGAAGGCCAUGAAGGAAGCCCUGAGAGCCAAGAAAGCAGAAACUGAAGCAAGAAGGGAAGGACUAAAUAGUGAGGCUCCUGUGGAAAUUUUUAUCCCAGAAUGCAAGUAGAAGAUUGUUGCUGUAAUAGGGUUUUUAAAUCCCUGAAUGUUUAAUUUGUGAUAAGAAUGCAAGUGAAUUUUUGUGAUGAAAAUUGUUGGUAGUAUUCUUUUAAACCUGGUCAUUAUGUUAAAGUGCUACAGGUGUCAGCUUUAAUGGCUUUACACUAACUGAAUAAGUCGGGUAGAAUAAAAUAGCAGAUUUAGACCAUUAUGAACUUGUUUAAUAUUAAGGUGGGUGAUGGUUACAAAAAAUUGUCAGGAUCUUUAAACCUACCUUUAAAUCCACUAGUGAACUAAUAUCUGUUCAGUUCACAAUAGGAGUGUGUUAUUGUCAUAUGAAAAAACUCCAGAUUUUAUCUUUGAACAUGUUCAGACAUUAUUGUGUUACUGCUGAUUUCAGUGCUAGAUUUGCCCAGUGAUGCUGUGUUGGAGCCUCUGCAUCCUGUUUACAGGUUUUGUCUGCAAUAUACUGUAUUGUGAACAUAAUCUGCAGUGUCAGUGAUAUAAAUUCAUUACAGGCAGUUGUAUUCCUUGGAACUCAAGCUCAAAAAAUAUCCCAUUUUCCAUUGUCCUUACGAGUUAAGUGAAACUAGAGAAAAUGUUGCAUGACUUUACAAACUUGUUAAUUUUGGGUACAGCAACUCUGGUAACACAAAGUAUAGUUGUAAACAUGACUUUAAUUAGCUUGUGUCCAGACAGUGACGUGCAAAUAUUUUUUUGUAUAUUCGCUUCAUAUUUGUAUUUUACAUUUCUUAUUGUUUUAGCAUUUAAUUAAAAUUUUAGAACUAGAUCUUUGAAAUUGCAGCGCAUUAAAUAGAUAUGUCUAAUGGUCUUUACCCGCAGUAUUCAGAUUCUUUAGCGACUUUAAUACUUUUAUAUUUUCUCAGCUUCUAUGUCUAGAUUCACACUCGGUGCUUAUAUUAACUACUCUUCAACAAACAUUUACUGAAAGUUCUCCUACUAGUUACUUAUCACUUUUCUUGUUCAUGUAACCAAGAUAAUUUCUUGUUGAAGCCAUGCUCUCUCAUCUCUAUAUACAGUAUAUCAUAAAAGGUGUGCACACAAACCACAAAAAUAAAGCUUUGAAUGGUGAUGAAUAGUUUCAAGUCCCUCAGUUGCUCACUGAGGUAAUGUUCUCUCUCACAGUCAUGACCAAACAGCAGUCAAGCAAGGGCAUGUUCAUUCCCCUGUGCAAAUGACUGUACCAGACCAUAAGUGGAGGAAGACACUGAAGAUUUCUCGAGCCAUUCCAGAAUGGCCUCCAGUAAGCUGAUCUACACUCAAGAAACCCCUCUAAGUAGUACUCAACCAUAAAGAGACUGCCAUGUAUUGCUAUACUGUUUGCAAGCUGGCCAUCUGGCCACAACCCCUAACCACCACCACCAGAUGUUAAUACCUAUACGCUCAACAGAAUAGCAAGGAACAGUCCACCUCACAGUUAUUGACUCACAGCCCAAUUAAUACAAAGUUGGUAGAAAUGGACAUCUACAGUAGUAUCCAAUUAGCCUAUGUUAAGAAUGAAUGUGAUUCUGCCCCCCCCCCCCCCAACAUUCAAAACCAACCAAUUCUUAUUAAAUUGAUAAAAUUUAACCUGUAAGAUGAACCUCCAGCCAAAGUUUCAGUAUUGUAAUCCAAAAGGAAACAAAAAAUAAAAUCUCCCAAAAAAAGAGCAUCAUUUCAAAAUGACACUAUUGACACUGCCAAGUUUAAAAUUAAUCAAGUCAUGAUAUUAAGUAUCCAAAAAUGAGGUAAUUGUUGUACCGCAGCUGAACUGCACAAUGCAAUCCCAUCCAGCCAGGCUGUUUGGCUUGCAGGAGCCUGAAUAAAAGCAAGGUGGGUUGCCCCCUUUGAUUAUGCUGAAAUUGUGGGUGUUGAUACCUCGUGGUGGUUUGGGGUAGCAACUGGGUGGCCAUUUAGCAAUUAGUAGAGCUUACUGCAAGUCAUUCUGGGCUGGGCUGACUUAUAGUCUGGUAUGGUGGUUUUCAAAGAUUCCCACUGCACUGAGGAAUGUGUCCUGGCUUAGCUGUUGUUCAUUCAUGUUUGCAUGAGAGCAGGACAUUGUCUCAGGAAACAACAGUGUGUGGUCUAGGUCAGGAACAUUACCAGCAUAAUGAUACUAAGCAUUUAAGGCCUAGUUCCAAUUGUGUAAAGACCUUAUCCAAAAGUGCAUUUCAGUCCUACAUAUAUUUCCCGAUUUUUGGCAUUUUGUGUUUUAUACAGUUUUCUAUUUUCCAGUUUUAUGUAUUGAAUGUUUUUGAAAAUAGAUCACCAUUGUGGAAACUAAACUUCAUUUGUGCUUUCUUAGUCGAGGACCCUCAGAUGCUCACUGGGCCAGAAUUGUUAGUCCCACUUGGACUCUCAUUACUGAGUAUCUUUACAUACAGUUGUCAGUAAAAUGAAGGAAUGGUUGACAGUGGCGAGUCAAACUCGAGCCUUCACAAAGGCACCAACUCACUAUUGUACAAAUGUAGUACAGAAAUAUAAGUAACACCCUCUACAAGUACUGAUUAGAAACAAAAAGAAUGCAAAAUUAAACUAAAGCCAACCAAGGUGGCAGCAUCCACACAACAGGGUUGGCGGGGGGGGGGGGGGGGGGGGGAGCUGACUACCUUACUUUGUGCGUAGAGCCCAUUACCUUGUUGGUAAGGUAUGUUGGUCAGUGUUCAUGCAUGGGAGACAGCGGUGGUUUGGAAAGCACAUAGAUGCAUCUUAAUUCUUCAAGGCUAGUCUCUCAAUAUGCCGUUAGUUUUCUGGUGGCGCAUUUUCUGGUUUCGGGAGUUUUUAUACUCCCUGAUUUGUGAUAACUUGAUCCAACAGGCUUGGAGCGGCUCGCAGGCCCACAUGUCCACUACAGCCUGGUUGAUUCGGUACUUGUUGCAAGAACUUAUCUAGGUGCCUCUUGAAUACAUCCACCUUUGGUUUCAUUCUGUUCACCAUUGUGGUGGUGAUCUUGAGCCAUAGCUUCGCUUCUGGCUUGCCAAGUUCAAACUGUCUAUGUGGUCACAUUUGUCAGGACUCCAGUGUGCUUGUAGACAACGUCUCAUUUUGUUCAGUUGAGCUCAGAUGAGCCCUCCUUUCUUUGCAUAUGCAGCACAUUUUGUCUUCCCCAGGUGGAUAUCUCUGCCCCAAUGUGGAACAAAAGGUUUUCUGUGUAUGGUAUGUAGCUUCAUUUCCCAAUACAGUUCUAUUGUAUUGGAUAUAUUUAGUCUCACCUGUGGUCAGUAAAGGGGUUUUUCUUAGUUUUCUCCACUCAAGAUGAUGUUGCCUGUCUGGUCUAAGUUAAGGACCUUUGAAUGCUGUUAUUCUUCUGGUUCUCAUGUGGAUUGUUCGGCCUUGCUGAAAAGUUGCCCCAACUCGGGCUUUACAGCUUCAAGGCACUCUGCCAAUCAUCAUAUGUAGUUUUUUGGGGGCUUGUAUACAAUUUUAUUUGAGGCAGCUGACUGAACUUCAAUUUCAUGUUUUUCCUUCAUUAGUGUUAGGUCGCUUGGCUGGUACUUCAGCGCUUUCAUUGCUGUCAUCACUCACUGUGUGGGUGCUCUUUCCAUUUUUACUCUUUCACCUGCAUCUUACAGGUAUGCUCCAUUUAUGUCUUUCAGUUUGGCUUGGGCUCAAAUUUUGUUGUUACCCACUUCUUUCUAAUCCAAUCCCUCAAGUUAGGUUGGGUUCAAAAACCCGGCAUUUGCCUUCCGUCUUGUCCACCUAUCCCCUUCCGUCUUGUCCACCUAUCCCCUUCCGUCUUGUCCACCUAUCCCCUUCCGUCUUGUCCACCUAUCCCCUUCCGUCUUGUCCACCUAUCCCCUUCCGUCUCGUCCACCUAUCCCCUUCCGUCUCGUCCACCUAUCCCCUUCCGUCUCGUCCACCUAUCCCCUUCCGUCUCGUCCACCUAUCCCCUUCCGUCUCGUCCACCUAUCCCCUUCCGUCUUGUCCACCUAUCCCCGUCCGUCUUGUCCACCUAUCUAUCCCCUUCCGAGACUCUUAUGCUGAUUGCCACCAGGGGAAGAUUGAUUUUCUAACAGUAUUUAGACAUUAUACUGUUAUGUAAUAUGUAUAUAUACAUAUUUAGUACAUAUUAAUUAUUAUGCCUUUAGGUUCUAAUUAGCACUUGUGGGGGUGUGGUAACGACUCCUCCUUUGUUUGGUAGUGAGCCAAAUUGUUGGCGGUGGUGGCUUAAAUUAGACUUGCCAUUAUUACUCUUUCCUAACAAGACAAUUUGCCAAGAUACUUUUGAGGAAAGAAAAAAAAUCACAAAAACCUAUCAUACAGAUAUGAACCCUAUGUGAAUCCCAGUGACUCGGACAGCAUUCUAGGGACCAGCUUCAAAAGGAGUGUUCAACUACACUCUACACCCAGUUUUUACUUUUGUACUAAUAUUUGAGAGCAAAUAUUUUCCUUACCAUGCUCAUAUUGUGUACCAUGUUUAUCUGCUAUUUAUUUGGGGCCUUAGAUUGUAUAGUGAGAAGCAUCACUAGUAUCUAUACAGUACUGUUAGACGUUGCCGUCAGUGAGGCAAGUUUGAAUUGUUAACAUGUUCUAAAUAGACAAAAUAUUCCAGGAACUGCUAAUAAAUUCAAUGACAUUUUUGUGCAAGUAAAUGACAAAGUUUGUACCUCACACUUAUAAUAGCAUUAAACUGACCCUAACUUUGUGGAGAGGUUUUGUUGGGUUUUAUCGAGUCAUAUUGUAAACUGGUUGCCGCCAUUUAUUUUGGGCUGGAAGAAUUGUUUUUGUAAUGAAUGAAUAUUAGAAACGUGCCUUGUAUUUGCUUCCCAUACAAACAUUCAAUUGUUUAAUGCAUAGAUAUCUUUGUUCAUCAUUGUAUGCAUACUUAUAUAAUUAGGCAGCUGUUGAUGUUUGUCUAAACUUUUAUAUACCAAAAUGUUAACAUUUAUUAACCUAAUGAAAGUGAAUAUUUAAUUAUAUAAUGGGUCAGUGAAGUGUCAGAAUGAAUAAAUCUAAAACAGU